AUGUCCGAGUCCAAAACUGUUUUGGAUCUCCUCUCCUAUGUUCGCACCAGAGUCACCGUCGAUGUCGACUCGAUGGAUCCUGCCGUCGCUGCUCGGCAUACCUCAGGUAGCAAAUUCUGCGACAUGACCUCCAAUCAGGCCAUCGUCUACUCUGAGGCCGCCAAGCCUGAGCGCGCACAGCUCUUCAAGACUGCUUGUCAACUGGCACGGGUCAGCGGAUCAGACACGGAGAGUCAGAUAACAGAGGCUUUGGACAUUUUGACUGUCCUCCUCGCAAAGGAGGUGUAUCCCUACCUUACUGGUCGUGUUCAUGCACAGACCUCUCCUCCCACUGCCUAUGACACUGAGAAAACCAUCGCACACGCGAGGAAGCUCGUCGAACUUUUUGAGGCAAACGGCAUACCACGCGCGUACAAUGCAGCGACCGGGCUCGAGAGUACCGGCAUCAGGACUCUUGCGACUUGUCUUUUCUCCCUUCCACAGGCCGUGGCUGCUUCCCAAGCAGGCUGUCUCUACGUCGCGCCGUACUUCAACGAGCUCCGAGUGCACUUUGAACCGAAAAUAUGGAAGGAAUACAACGACACAGCGAGAGAACAUCCGAUGGCGCCUGUCAUCGCCUCUAUAGUCCAAGAGUUUAGAGCAAUUGAUUCGAAGACGCUAGUCAUGCCUGCUAGCAUCGUAACCUCGACAGAGGUCAUUGCAUUGGCGUCGUUGCAACCUGAUCAUCUCACGCUAGCGGGGGCAGUCUUGGACCAGCUAGCAGCAGCAUCGAAUGUCAAACUUCUUGAUGAACCGAAUACACAUGCCUCUCUUAGCAUAAACACUACGAGUAAUGGCGCUUCAUAUGGAAAAGAUUUUCUUGCUGAUGGCGCGAGCGCACUCAGACAGGCUCUAGCUGCUGAUGCAGAGGCUACACGCAAACUCGCUGACGCGCUGAAGAUAUUCGGCGAGAUGGAGCAGAAAACCAGGGAACUCGUAAGGAAAGAGCUGGGUGAGAUGUAA